CGCUGUGCACACACCAGGCAAAACAGCACAACACACACCAGAGAGCAGAGAAAGAGGGAAGGAGAGGCCAAGGAGAAGGAUGAGGCAGCAGGCGAGCAGGUUCAAGAGGAUGUGCGUCUUCUGCGGCAGCAGCCAGGGCAACAAGAGCAGCUACCACGACGCCGCCAUCGACCUCGCCAACCAGCUCGUGGGCGGGGGCAUCGACCUGGUGUACGGCGGCGGCAGCAUCGGGCUGAUGGGGCUCGUCUCGCAGGCCGUCUACCACGGCGGCAGGCACGUCAUCGGGGUCAUUCCCAAGACUCUGAUGACCCCCGAGAUCGUCGGGGAGAUGGUGGGGGAGGUGAGGCCGGUGGGCGACAUGCACCAGCGCAAGGCCCAGAUGGCCAGCCUCUCCGACGCCUUCAUAGCCCUGCCCGGUGGGUACGGGACGCUGGAGGAGCUGCUGGAGGUGAUCACCUGGGCGCAGCUAGGGAUCCAUCACAAGCCGGUGGGUCUGCUGAAUGUGGAGGGGUACUACGACUCGCUGCUGACCUUCAUCGACCAGGCCGUGGAGGAAGGAUUCAUCAGCCCCGCCGCCCGCCGCAUCAUCGUCUCCGCCCCCACCGCCCACCAACUCAUGGAGAAACUCGAGGAGUACGUCCCUUACUACGAAAUGGUCGCGUCCGGGCUGGACUGGGAGACGGAUCGCCUAGACUUCUGAUCAUCGAGCAGGCAUUCGCCAUUUCUGUCAUCGUGAUGCAUGCGCGCGGAUCAAGCGAACAAUGUGUUGAAGAUUAGCGUAAAAUAAUACUAGCUAGUUCAGUUGUACUCGAUCGUCUUCUGUAAGGGUGCGCUCAAUAUGAACUUUCGGCAGGUAGCUAGCUAGCGCCCAACCUUUAUAUAUCUCAUUAAUUCAGUCA